GCCUCCUCCCGCCGGCCCUGGCGCACCAUCCGCAGCAGCUCCUGGACCAUGCCGACGCGCCGGUGAUAGGGGGGUAGCCCACUGCCCGCGCGCCCCGCCUUGUCCCCGGCGCGCAGCAGCAGCGACGCCCAGAAGUCGGGUCGUUCGCGGCGGGGGCCGGGCGCCGCGCCGGGGCUGGCUCUCUCCGCCAGGCUGCCCUUGGUCUGCCGAGUGCCCAUGCCGCCGCCCGCCUGGGGCUGCGCGCGCCGGGCUAAGGCCGCGUCCCCCGCCGGCUUCGCGCCUCCCCGGCCGCAACUUUGGGGGAACUGUUGCGCGCGGGAGGCGCGGGCGCGGGGCGGGGGCGGGGGCGGCUGCGGCCCGCACUCCCCUCGCUCCUCCCUCCUCGCUGCCCCGGCGCGCUCUCCCGGCGCUCGCCGCCAGCCCGUCCCGGCGCUCGCCGCCAGCCCGUCGGCCCCGCCCCGCCCCGCCGGCCGCCCCGCCCCCGCGCCGCCGCGUGUCUCCCUCCCUCUCCGGCGCCCGCUCCUUCCCGCCGCGCGGCUCUGGGCUAGGGGUGCCCGGCGCCCCCGCCCUGCUUUGUCCCUGGUGCAGCGCCCCCUGCCGGACACUGUGCUGCGCCUCUUGGGGCCCGCGGCUUCCUGGCAAAGUGGCCGUGAGCUAAGUGAUCCCACCUUGAUGUACUGCGCUGCUACAGGUCCAAAGUGACGAGGCCAGACGAGACUGAACCAAGACAAGUCUUUCAUUUCCUUAGCAUAUUUAUCCCAGUGUGGAAGGCUAGCUCUGGGGCAGCGAUUCCUUCGGAACCAUGGUGGCGUGGCUGUGGAAGGUGCUGAUGGGCGUCGGUCUCUUCGCCCUCACCCACGCGGCCUUCUCAGCUGCUCAGCAUCGCUCUCAUGCGCGACUGACAGAAAAGAAGUAUGAGCCGCUGCCGGCGGAUAUAGUUCUCCAGACCCUUUUGGCCUUUGCGCUUACCUGUUACGGCGUGGUUCAUACUGCAGGGGACUUUAGAGACAGGGAUGCCACUUCGGAACUAAAGGAUAUGACAUUUGACACCUUAAGGAAUCGCCCGUCUUUUUACGUGUUUCACCGUUCUGGCUACCGACUGUUCCAGCGUCCGGAUUCAACCCAUUCUUCAAACCUCAGCGCGUCAUCUUCUGACUUACCGUUGAAGUUUUGAAAGCUCAAAUCACCGCACCAUUCAGCUUUUUAACGAGUUAAGUAACAGGACAGACGCAGAAUUAAGUACCGGGAUUUGGGAUGUGAAACACCCCCAACACAUCAGUAUUUUUACUGAUAUUUCAGACUUAAUUAAAAAAAAAAAAGCUCUAUAAAUAAAUAAAUAAAUAAGAGAUAUUUAUGCCAGGUACCCAGUCACAGCUGUAGAACGCUGAUUAACUGUGGAUUUGUUUUUGGGUGAGGUAAACAUUUGAAUCUUGGCCCAGGUAAAGCAGAUACUGCAGGUGGCCCUUACCCCGGCCAUCCAGGGGCUGGAUAGAACAAAAAGGCCUCAGUAAGGAAGACAUGCUUUUGCAUGCUUGAACUUUCGAUCUUUCUUUGGCUCUGUCCCCUAAACCCAGACAUGAACUCUUCUUACAUUCUGAGCCUGUGAGACUAAACUUGCAUGUGGGCUCUCCUGAGUCUGUGCACUGAUUACAGUCUUGAAGGAACUGGAAGGUUUUCACAAUGUCUGAUUUGAUUCUUCAUUCCGACUCUCACCACAGGUUCCUCCUGGGCUCUCAGACUGAUGAUCUGGAGGCCGCUGUGAGCUAUAAGCUCGGAGAUGGCGAUGAUUUUCCAUGCUGGGUGAAGAGGCCUAACUGAAGUAGAGAAAGGCCAGCAUUCCCAGAAUAGUGCACAUAAGAGGUGGAAGAGCCUUGCCCCUUCCAAGCUAGCUACCCCUGUCGCCAGUUCCACGUGCUGCUUGCUGUGGGCUGAUUGUAUGCCCACUUCUCUUUUUGCUGCGGUUCCAUACGAGAUUUUGCCAUUUGCAAAUGUAUUAAGGUUUGUCAGAGGACUGGAAUCAAGGAGGGGAAUGUGUUUAUAUAAAACUGUCCCCUGGUGUCUGCAGGGGAUUGACUCUGUCGCCAUGUACAGGAACCAAAAUUCUUGGAUGCUCAGGUAGGUUUUAGAAAAUGACAUUGUAUUUCCACAGAACCUCUGCCCACCCACCCAUAUACUUCCAGUCAUCUCCAGGUUACAUGUAACACCUAAUCCCAUGUGAAUUCUGUGUAAACAGUUGCUGUACUGCUUUGUUUAGGGAAUAAUGAUAAGAAGAUGCUAGCAUGUGUUCAGUCCAGAUGGAAUUUCUCCCAAAUAAAUUUGGUUAGCAGUUGA